AUGAAGAACAAGUAUAAAGAAGGGGCAAGACCUGGGGCUCCCACAGUUCUCUCCUCGGAAGAAGAACAAAGUUUAGUGGAAUGGAUCUUGUACCUUGAGAGGGUGGGCUUUCCAGUAACAAAAGGUCAACUAAUGGAAAGUGUUGCAAAAUUAGUGGCUAGUCUUGGUCGGCCCAAUACAUUUAAAAAUGGAAUGCCGGGGCGGCAUUGGUAUGAAGGCUUCUUGGCUAGACAUACGGAAUUAUCUACCCGUAUAUCACAAAAUCUAACGCAACCUCGUGCCAGCAUAACAGAACAGGCCAUCCGUAACUGGUUCGAUCGGGUGAAAAACUACUUCGAAGAAAAUAACUUCGACGAUGUUCUCAAAGAUCCACAAAGGAUUUUUAACUGUGACGAAAGCGCGUUCUUUUUGGCACCGAAAGAAAAACAAGUCCUUGUUAGAAAGGGCUCAAAAAAAGUCUACACGAGGAUUCAAAAUGACGAAAAGGAGUGCUUGACUGUGUUG